CCCUUUCUUCCCCCCGCCCUGUCUUCCCCUGCACCCUCCUUCUUCCCUCCGCCCGGGAGCUUUCCCCGGUGCCCGGCGCCGCCUCCUUCCCUCCUGGCUCCCGGCUCCCGCCGCCGCCCGGGGAAAGCAGAAACGGGGGUGGGGUCUGAGGGAAAGGAGAGAGGAGGGGAGAGACCCCGGCCAGGCUGGAGGCCGGAUUCGAGGGGAGGAGGGCCAAGAGGAGGGGAAGGUGGAAGAGGGGGAAGGCGGGAGCUGGGAGGAGCGGCCGGGCCUGGGGCCUUGAGGCCCGGGGAGAGCCGGAGCCGGGCGGCGCGCCGAGAUGCUGCUGCUGCUGCUGCUGCUGCUGGCGCGGCUCUUCCUCCGCCCCCUGGGCGCGGGCGGGGCGCAGACCCCCAACACCACCUCCGAAGGCUGCCAAAUCAUACACCCGCCCUGGGAAGGGGGCAUCAGGUACCGGGGCCUGACUCGGGAUCAGGUGAAGGCUAUCAACUUCCUGCCUGUGGACUAUGAGAUUGAGUAUGUGUGCCGGGGGGAGCGCGAGGUGGUGGGGCCCAAGGUGCGAAAGUGCCUGGCCAACGGCUCCUGGACAGACAUGGACACACCCAGCCGCUGUGUCCGAAUCUGCUCCAAGUCUUAUUUGACCCUGGAAAAUGGGAAGGUUUUUCUGAUGGGUGGGGACCUCCCAGCUCUGGACGGAGCCCGGGUGGAUUUCCGAUGUGACUCCGACUUUCAUCUGGUGGGCAGCUCCCGGAGCAUCUGUAGUCAGGGCCAGUGGAGCACCCCCAAGCCCCACUGCCAGGUGAAUCGAACGCCACACUCAGAACGGCGCGCAGUGUACAUCGGGGCGCUGUUUCCCAUGAGCGGGGGCUGGCCCGGGGGCCAGGCCUGCCAGCCCGCGGUGGAGAUGGCGCUGGAGGACGUGAAUAGCCGCAGGGACAUCCUGCCGGACUAUGAGCUCAAGCUCAUCCACCACGACAGCAAGUGUGACCCAGGCCAAGCCACCAAGUACCUGUACGAGCUGCUUUACAACGACCCUAUCAAGAUCAUUCUCAUGCCUGGCUGCAGCUCUGUCUCCACGCUGGUGGCCGAGGCUGCCAGGAUGUGGAACCUCAUUGUGCUUUCCUAUGGCUCAAGCUCACCAGCCCUGUCAAACCGACAGCGUUUUCCCACAUUCUUUCGAACUCAUCCAUCAGCCACACUCCACAACCCGACCCGUGUGAAACUCUUUGAAAAGUGGGGUUGGAAGAAGAUCGCCACCAUCCAGCAGACCACUGAGGUCUUCACUUCGACUCUGGAUGACCUAGAGGAACGAGUGAAAGAGGCUGGAAUUGAGAUUACUUUCCGGCAGAGUUUCUUCUCAGAUCCAGCUGUGCCUGUGAAAAACCUUAAGCGUCAGGAUGCCCGAAUCAUCGUGGGACUUUUCUAUGAGACUGAAGCCCGGAAAGUUUUUUGUGAGGUGUACAAGGAACGUCUCUUUGGAAAGAAGUAUGUCUGGUUCCUCAUUGGGUGGUAUGCUGACAAUUGGUUUAAGACCUAUGACCCGUCCAUCAACUGCACAGUGGACGAGAUGACUGAGGCAGUGGAGGGCCAUAUCACCACUGAGAUCGUCAUGCUGAACCCUGCUAACACCCGAAGCAUUUCCAAUAUGACAUCCCAGGAGUUUGUGGAGAAACUGACUAAGCGACUAAAAAGACAUCCGGAGGAGACAGGAGGCUUCCAGGAGGCACCGCUGGCUUAUGAUGCCAUCUGGGCCUUGGCAUUGGCCUUGAACAAGACAUCCGGAGGUGGUGGCCGCUCGGGUGUGCGCUUGGAGGACUUCAACUAUAACAACCAGACCAUUACCGACCAAAUCUACCGGGCAAUGAACUCCUCAUCCUUCGAGGGUGUCUCUGGCCAUGUGGUGUUUGAUGCCAGCGGCUCUCGGAUGGCAUGGACACUUAUUGAACAGCUACAAGGUGGCAGCUAUAAGAAGAUUGGCUACUAUGACAGCACCAAGGAUGAUCUCUCCUGGUCCAAAAUGGACAAAUGGAUUGGAGGGUCCCCCCCAGCUGACCAGACCUUGGUCAUCAAGACAUUCCGCUUCCUGUCACAGAAACUCUUUAUCUCCGUCUCAGUUCUCUCCAGCCUGGGCAUUGUCCUAGCUGUUGUCUGUCUGUCCUUUAACAUCUACAACUCCCAUGUCCGUUAUAUCCAGAACUCACAGCCCAACCUGAACAAUCUGACUGCUGUGGGCUGCUCACUGGCGUUAGCUGCUGUCUUCCCCCUUGGGCUGGAUGGUUACCACAUCGGGAGAAACCAUUUCCCCUUUGUCUGCCAGGCACGCCUCUGGCUCCUGGGCCUGGGCUUCAGUCUGGGCUAUGGCUCCAUGUUCACCAAGAUCUGGUGGGUCCACACGGUCUUUACAAAGAAGGAGGAAAAGAAGGAGUGGAGGAAGACCCUGGAACCCUGGAAGUUGUACGCCACAGUUGGCCUGCUGGUGGGCAUGGACGUCCUCACUCUUGCCAUCUGGCAGAUUGUGGAUCCUUUGCACCGAACCAUUGAGACUUUCGCUAAGGAAGAGCCAAAGGAAGACAUUGAUGUUUCUAUCCUGCCCCAACUUGAGCACUGCAGCUCCAAGAAGAUGAACACUUGGCUUGGUAUUUUCUAUGGUUACAAGGGGCUGCUGCUGCUGCUGGGAAUCUUCCUUGCUUAUGAGACCAAGAGUGUGUCCACCGAGAAGAUCAAUGACCACCGGGCAGUGGGCAUGGCCAUCUACAAUGUGGCGGUCCUGUGCCUCAUCACCGCCCCCGUCACCAUGAUUCUCUCCAGCCAGCAGGAUGCAGCCUUUGCCUUCGCCUCUCUUGCCAUCGUCUUCUCUUCCUAUAUUACUCUGGUUGUGCUCUUUGUGCCCAAGAUGCGCAGAUUGAUCACUCGAGGGGAAUGGCAGUCUGAAGCACAGGACACCAUGAAGACAGGAUCAUCAACUAACAACAAUGAGGAGGAGAAGUCCCGGCUCUUGGAGAAGGAGAACCGUGAACUGGAAAAGAUCAUUGCUGAGAAAGAGGAGCGAGUCUCUGAACUGCGCCAUCAGCUCCAGUCUCGGCAGCAGCUCCGCUCCCGACGCCACCCGCCAACACCUCCGGACCCCUCUGGGAGCCUUCCCAGGGGCCCUUCUGAGCCCCCUGACCGGCUUAGCUGUGAUGGGAGUCGGGUUCAUUUGCUUUACAAGUGAGGGAGGUGUGAAGGAGGACAGGCCAGUGGGGGUGGGCGAGGGAUGAGGGGAGGGGUGAGGGACUCAGGAGGAGCAGGGGAUCCUUAUCCCCAGUGAGGAAAGACAUGCUAUCCAAUCUCAUCACUUGUAAAUACAUAAUCCUGUGUGAGCCCUGGGGUUACCUAUGUCUCCAGUACUCUGGGAAACAGACCUUUUCUCCCUUAGUCAUUAAUGUAAUUUUCUAUCACUGCUUCAUAAUUUACUUUGUACCUUGCUAAAGCUGCUCACUCACUGACUUCUCAGCAACCUCACUACAUCGUUCUCUUCUCAUAUAGCACUCCUGUCUAGUUACCAUGGCAUCUCCCAAAGCAACCUUUGCCUUUGUGCUCUGCUUCCAUCCAGCAGGGGUCUUCCCACAAGUGCUCUUUCACCCCAACAGGGCCCUCACCUGUCUAUCACCAUCACCAUCACCUUCCAUCCUACUUGCCCCUCUGCACAUUCCCUAAGUUUGUCCCCCUGACUUUUGUAUCUUCUGGGGAUUCAUUCUUUGUGCCAAGGCUCACAUGCUCCUUCCCUCUGCUCUUUGCAUGCUUGCACUCCCAACACACAUGCAUUCUUCUCCUCUUUGUUCCCACCAGACAUACUCACGUGCACAUGUGCUUUUCACAUAUGCUGCCUGCAGUCACAUGAACUCCCUGCAAACCUUCCAGUCAUAGCUAUGUGUGCUUCUUGUGUGGUCACAGGUAUUCCUUCGUGUGUAUUUGGGUAGACGUGUGCAAUUUCUCUAACAUGCUUAGUCAUAUCUUCCCUACCUGCACUCAUCCAUGUGUAUCUAUGUAUUUCCCUAUGUACCCUCAUGGUACUUAUGUACCUUACUUCCUCAGCACCUUAAAAUCAUUGUGUCUUUCCAACAGAGCCCUAGGCACCUGCUCUGCACCUUGUUAUGCACUUUUCCCCAAUUGUUGUUUGGUGAGGCUGUCCACACCCUCUUCUCAUCACAUUCAGCUUCUGCUCAAACUUUUCUCACUUUUUUGAACCCGUGUACCACUCUUAGUCCAUACUCACAGUCAUUCUCUCCUAAAAUUGCUCCCUUUGGUUGUGUGGUUUUUGGGGGCAUUGAGGAAGGUAUGGGGGCAGAUUUGAGGAACUGCUUCCAGUGGAUAGUUGAUGAGAAUUCUGACCAAAGGAAGGCACCCCUGACUGCUGGGAUGGACAGACCUGUGGAGAAGGGGGUAGUGUCUCUUUCACACUGUGGUGUUUUUUUGGCAAAGGAUUUCCCAAAAUCCUCAAUAAACCGGUGAACAGUGUGACUCAGCA